UUACAAUUUACCAAUUGUAAGCGACGGACGCGCACAGCUCUCUCGGCCGAGCAGCGAACACAACACACAGCACACAAAGCAAAGCAAAAGCGCAUAUAACGGUUCUUCAGGAGCGACGACUGACUGAGUGGCCUGCCUUCUAAUACACAAUGCGCGCAGCAGCAGCAGCAGCAGAGACGCCGACGUCGACGCUGACGACUUGUAAAUAAGUAAAAGAAAUACUCGCAUAUAAAAUCUGUUGCAUCAUUGCUGAAACACUUCAGUCGUUGAAUCGCGUGCGUGCAGGCAACACUUUUGGUCCGCGACAACAACAACACUAAUAAUAAUACUAAAAAAAUAAAAUAACAACGCAAAUUUAUAAGAAGCAGUGCGCGCAGCUGCAGUGACAAUGUGAAUUAAAAACAAAACAAAACAAGAACAAGUGUAACAAAAAUUAAAUAUGUUUAAUAUUGUGGCAAGCAGUGCAUUAAAUUAAAUAAACAAAAACUGGCUGCAAACAUUUCCAAAGAAAAAGUUACCUCAGACAAAAAAAAAUGCUUUAGUGGCUGUUAACAAAAAAUAAGAAAUUCUCUAAGUUAAAACAAAAAAGUGCAAAACUUUCAAAUUGGCGUUGGUCGAAGCAAAUAAAAGCAUCAAAAUUUUACCCUCAUUCGCGCAACUCAAAAUGCUGAACUUGGAAUCGCCACAAAUGUACGCGGAUGCGGUGCAGACGCUGGCCCAGCUCGAUCUCAAGAAGCAGCCGCCGCCGCAGUUGCCGCAACAGGCGACCAUAGGCCAAAUAACGCUAACAGCAAUGUCCAGUGCACAGCAGCAGCAGCAGCAACAACAACAGCAGCAACAACAGCAGCAACAGCAACAGCAGCAGCAGCAACAGUUGACAACAGAUGCAAAUAACAAUGCAACAAUGCAGGAUGCAGCGCUGCUGGUGAAGCAGCAUGCAGUGCAACAAAUGCAGCUAAACAACAGCAGCAACAAUUUGCUGCAGAAACAAAUGCUGCAACAAUAUAGCGCACAAACCGAACUGGACGAUCUGACAACGCAGGAGAUAACGCUCGAUCUGCAGCAUUUGAUAGACGAUCAGUUUAGAGAUACUGAAAGUUUGGGCAUAUUCAGCGAUAUGGUUACCAGUCCGGGUGGACUGGCAGCAACAUUGCCGCCCAGCGGCAUGGUAAGUGCAGCAGCCAAAGUGUUGCAGCAGCAGCAGCAAUCACUAGCCAAUGCACGCCAGCAACAGCAUCAAUAUGGACGCUCCGCUUUGGCUUACAUGCCACAGGCUGUGCACUCCAAUGCAACAUACAACAAUCACUCGAGUGAUGAGAACAGCAGCGUUGGCAGCGACAGCAGCAGCACCAUUAAGGAGGAGCCCAUUGAUCCGGAGUAUAGACGACAUUUGCAGGAAUCGGUUAGCAGUCAAGCAGCAGCAGCUUUUAUUAACAACAACAAUGGCUUGUAUAAUAAUUAUCAAAGCAAUGGCAACAGCAAUAACAACAACAACAGCAAUAACAACAACAACAGCAGCAGCAGCAAUUCAAGCGGCAGCAGCGGCGGCGGCACACAGUUUACCAAUUUGACUACAGCAAAUGUUUUGGCGCAUCAUCAACUGCCACAUUUGGCUGCCAAUGCGCAACAGUUGCUCAAGCAUCACAGCAAACUGCAGCAGUCGCAGCAGCAGCAGCAGCAACAUGCACAGCACCAACAUCGCAAGCACAGCAACAAGCAUGUGGACAAGGGCACGGAGGAGUAUCGACGACGACGCGAGCGCAACAACAUUGCAGUGCGCAAGAGUCGCGAGAAGGCCAAAGUGCGUUCCAAGGAGGUGGAGGAGCGCGUCAAGUCGCUGCUCAAGGAGAAGGACGCGCUCAUUCGACAGCUCAGCGAAAUGACCAACGAACUGUCGCUGCAUAAGCAAAUCUAUAUGCAGCUCAUGAAUCACGCCAAUCCCGAAGUCAGUCGCGCCUGUCGCAGCUUCCUCAACACAAAUGAGCAUGCGCUGUAGCCCUGAGCAACUGCGUCCUGCAUCCUGCGUCUGAAUGAGAGUGUGUCUGUUUGUUUUUUAUUGUCUGAAUGCGUCAAACUGAGUUCAACUCAAUUAUAAUUUCCUUAGCUCUAAGUUUCUCUCUGCUCCUUUCUCUUGUGCUAACUUUUCGACUUCUACUUUGUACAUUUGUUUCUUUAUAUUUCGG